UGUUUCUGACCGUGGUUCUGGCUGUGUUUCUGGCCCUGGCCAUGGUUGUGGCCAUGGCUCUGGCCGUGGUUCUAGCUCUGGCUCUGUCUGUGGCUGGGCAGGGUCUGGGCUCCUGCCCCAGCCCAGAUAAGGAGCUGCUCCCUGCUCCCGCCUCUUCCCUUUUAUCUCUGGCUGUGCUCGCCCUGCAGCUCUGCUGUGCUGUGGGGGCACGGGCACAGCUCCCGGGGCACAGGAGUCCCUGCUGCUCCCGGGGCACAGGAGUGCCUGCUGCUGCCGGGGCCCAGGAGUGCCUGCUGCUGCCGGGGCACAGGAGUGCCUGCUGCUGCCGGGGCACAGGAGUGCCUGCUGCUGCCGGGGCACAGGAGUGCCUGCUGCUGCCAGGGCACAGGAGUGCCUGCUGCUGCCGGGGCACAGGAGUGCCUGCUGCUGCCGGGGCCCAGGAGUGCCUGCUGCUGCCGGGGCACAGGAGUGCCUGCUGCUCCAUGCUCCUGCACGAUGCCCUCCCGCCACCGGAGCUUCCGCUGCAGCGUGCCCUGGCUCGUGCUGCUGCUGCAGGCCCUGCUGCUGCUGCGCUCCUUCCUGGGCUUCCCGGGGGUCAGCGACACCUACUCCUCAUCCAGCUCCUCCUACCCGGAAUUUCAAGAUGUCACCCACAUGGUGAUUUUUGGGUUUGGCUUCUUCCUGAUGGUUCUGAGAAGAUAUGGCUUCAGCAGCACUGGGUUCAACUUCUUGCUCGUUGUUCUUGGUGUCCAGUGCUCCGUGCUGGCAGAAGAUUUGUUAGUUUUCCUUAAGGGAGAGCAAAAUGAAGUUGGCAUGGAAAGUCUAACAAAGGCUGUGAUGAGCACGACUGCUGUGGUCAUCUCCACUGGGGCUGUCCUGGGCAAGGCCAAUCCUGUGCAGCUAAUUGUGAUGACCCUGGUGGAAUUAAUCUUUUUCUACGUGAGCAGAUGCAUCAACGGGACAUUCCUGGAGGUCCCAGACUACCUCACCAUGAUGCACGUGUACCUCUUUGGAGCCUACUUUGGCCUGGCACUCGCCUCGCGCUUCCCUGAGCCUCCCCCAGGGCUGGACAAGAACAGGAGCACCCCAAAGUCAGAGCUGUUCUCAGUGCUGGGCACUGUGUUUGUCUGGGUGUUCUGGCCGAGCUUCAAUUCCAUCCUGGUGGACUCCAAGGAGAAGGCAGUGCUCAACACUUACUUGGCCCUCGCAGUGAGUGCUGUGGCUGCCUUCAUGUUGUCUGCUCUGACCUCCAAGGAUGGCAAAUUCAGAAUGGCCCACAUCCGCAGUGCAGUCCUGGCUGGAGGGGUGGCUGUCAGUUACUCAGCACAGGGCAUCCACCACCCUUGGAUUGCCAUGAUCCUGGGGCUGCUGGCCAGUGUCAUCACCAUCCUGGGAGCUCACUGUGUGCAGAGGUGCUUGAAUCCUGCUUUGAAGCUUCAGGAUACUUCUGGAGUUCAUUUCACUUUUGGUUUGCCUGCUGUGCUUGGAGCUGUGGCCACUGUUGUUCUGCGUGUUGUAGAAGGUGGGAUUGAGACACGAUGGAAUGAAUUAUCCAGUCUGGGCUACACUGCCUUUUUUAAUAUUGGUGCCUUCUGCCAGACCAUCAGCACUGCCUUGAUAACAGGAUUGAUUACAGGUUUGAUCUUAAACAUCAAACUGCUGAAAGCAGUGCACGUCUCCAAGUACUUUGAUGACCAGUUUUACUGGGAGUUUCCCCACUUGUCUGUUGGAUUUUGAGUGGAGGAUCCCAGCUGACAGCCAGGACCAAGCUAAGAUUUUCCUCUUUAUCACCAGAAAAACUGAACAGCUAUGAUGGGUUCAGAGAGCACUGAAAUAUCAAUUCUCAGGCCCACAAAAGCCACCCCAAUGGACACUCCAAAACCAAACUGUUCCAGUUCUUCUUGAAAGAUACAGAGUGUGAAUCCACAGGUGCAAACUUCAGGUGCAUUCAGCUUUUCUGCUUUGUUGGCCUUACCUUAAAUAUAUUUUAGAAGAUAUGUACAAAAAAAGUUGUCUGCAUUCAUGGCUUAUCAAUCCAAAUGCUUGGAAACAUUAAACUCUUUUUAGCUCCUGAGUUUACAAGGCAAAAUGAUGGAUUUGAAAGUGUCAUUUCUCAAGGAGCCCUUCCUAUCUAGCAAAGCACUCAAGUUUUUAAGCUGAGCUGGUUCUGCUGAAGGCCUUGACAAGGCAGGAUUGGAGUGAGCUGGAGCAGGGCCACAACUCUGCAUCCUGCCAGCCUGAACUCCUGGAAAAAUCUGCAUGUUGGGAGGUUCUGCUGGCCAAAGUUCAGCUGGGGGUGGUGCUCCUGGAAGCCCUGGGGUUUGCUGCCAGUGGAAAACACAGCCAGAGCUCAGGGCACAGCACGGGGAUGGGCCAGCACCCCAUCCUGGCAGGGACACAGGGUUUGGGGACACAGGGUUUGGGGACACAGGGUUUGGGGACACAGGAUUUGGGGACACAGGGUUUGGGGACACGGGGUUUGGGGACACGGGGU